UACAAAGUUCGACAGGUAUUAAAAAGCUUAAGUACGACGAUUAUUACAAAGUGCAACAGAACAUACGUCAGUUGAUCAGGGUAGCAUUUCCUGCUCACGUUAAGUGGACUAUUGGACUGGAUAAUUAAUUUCACUGAUCAUCAGCUAUUAUAUUACUAUAUUGAUUUAUCACCUUUAUAUCCACUUCUAUAUUCUGUCUGAAUAGUGAAUGCAAUAAUGAAUAGGAAAGUAUGAUACAAUGACACAAGUUCUGAAGAAUAAAUUUACAAGGUAGCCUGAAGAGGCUAAGUAAGUACAUACUCUAAGAAUGAGAUCGUCAAGUCCUAGUCCAGUCUCUAGUUAAAACGAGACUUUCUCAUAAGAAAAUAGUGUCUAUUUGAAGUAAGAACAGACUGAUAUGGGUAGACUACGGUCACCAACCUUGGCAAAACGUUCUGGUGUAUCUUUGCCUGAGAAGAGACUUCAAGCUUCUCUCGGCGCAAUUACAAAAACAUUUUAAGAAUUUUAACUAAAUUUGGGAGAAAUCUUAUUCUACAGAUUUCAACACCUCGAUAACAAAAGAUACACGCUUCUAUCUAUUUGAGUUGUUACUUUAUCUCAUUAUCACAACAAUUGAAGUGAAAUGAUUGUUUUUAAAUUUUGCAUAGUUUGGUAAACGAGGUGCUUGACAAAGUCACGUUCAAAUUGCAAAUAUUGUCGUUUUGCGUAUUUCCUGACAUGAAAAUGCUUAUGACAUCACAAACAAAGCUCAGACAAGGAUUUUGAUUGGCGUAUAAAUGUUUAAGACACGAUCUGUUCUUCAUCGGAAAUAAAGGUCUCGACACGUGAUUUCGCAAUUAUAAAGCCACACAUCCUCUUCACCUCGGCAGGUAUUGCUGUCGAUGUCACGAACGAAGUAGCUGAGAUGAGAAAAUCGAAGAAAGACAGUAAAGUUGCAGACGAAAACGAGAGCUCAAGGAAACCGAAAGGACGCCGGGAGAGGUUUUGUAACCCUUUUAAGACUUCGAAGGAUGCGGAAUAUCCUGAUGGCAAAUACGAUCUACCUCUGGUCGAUUAUCAACCCGUGGCAAACCCCGAUAGGACCUUUGUGUACGAUGAUGGCGCUCUGGAAGUCAGCGACACUGGGGUAACCUCUGUGUCACCUCGUGCUCUGAAGAUUUUUGAAGCGAUUCGUGAAGAAGAAGUGGAACUGGUCCUGGAAGAGCUCAGUAACCUGCAAGACACUCACGAGAUCGACAAGAAAGAUGGCCAUGGCUUCGCCCUUAUUCAUGUUGCAGCACGAUACAAUUUUAACAGAAUCGUCCACACUCUGUUAGAUUAUGGGGCAGAUAUAAACAUUGGUACCAGUCAGUUUAAGUGGACGCCUCUACACUUAGCCGCCAGGUUCAAUGGUCUCUCCACUGUAAACGUUCUUUUGCAACGAGGAGCAGACCCAUCCAUUAAAGGCAUCAAAGGAAGCACCCCACUGCACUUCGCAGCGCUCCGAGGAAACGAAGAGAUCGUAAAAGCUCUUCUGGAGCAUCCUUCAGUAAAGAUUGACGAAAAAGAUGGCUCAGGACAAACUGCUUUGCACCUAGCUUGCGGCGAAGGACAUGGCAAAGUUUCCCAAAUUCUCAUGAAUUAUGGAGCAGACAUUAGGGCAGUUUCGGCGGACCGGUCGACACCCCUCCAUAAUGCCAUUGUACAUGGACAUUCGCAGAUCGCAAGACUUGUAUUUAGGCGAGCCUCAGACAACGAUGUUGACACUAACACAAAGGAAAUGGUGGACAAUGAAGAUCUGCAGAAUAACACAGUUCUACAUUUGGCGGCGUGGAAUAAUGAUGUGAUAACCGCUGAACUUUGUCUUGAAAAUGGCGCUAACGUCAACUCGAAGAAAUGUGACGAAGCUAGUGCACUGCAUUUGGCUGCAAUCCGAGGGAACCUAGAGGUGGCUGAAUUGCUGAUAUCUCGAGGGGCUUUUGUUAACGUUAAAGACGGAGACUCCAAAACACCUCUUCACAGGGCGGCUAUGUUCAACCAAACCAAAUUUAUUGAACUUCUUUUGGCGAAAGAUGCCAAGCUAAAUGCACGUGAUGGCGAAGGCCGCUCGCCAUUCCUGAAUGCAGUUGCUGCCGGUCACGUUGAAGCAGCCAGGGCUCUCCUCCAACAUGGAGCUGACAUCUCUGCAACUGAUUUGCUCAUGAAGACUUGUGUUCACCUCGCGGUAGAGAAUGAACGGCUCAAGAUGCUUGCUAUGCUUUUAGAGACUCGCGCGGGUACUAACAAUUUGUCCAAAGCAGAUCUGUGGGAUAGGGUCCCUUUACACAGUGCUGCCAUUACAAAAGACAUAAAGAUUCUAGAGCUGAUAUUAUCCAAGCAGAAGCAAAUGUCCUACCGAGAUGUGAAUCAGAAAACCCCUGUCCAUCUCGCUGCAGAAUCGUCUUCAUCUAAACACGUUGACUUGUUAAUGAAGCGGAUGUGUGGCGUUAACGAUCGAGACGACCUUGGGCGAACCCCCCUUCAUUGUGCGGCCAGGAAAGGACAGCGGAAAGCUUGUAUAGUACUCUUGAGUAUGGGAGCUGAAAUUAACUGUAGAGACAACAAUUUCCAAACUCCGUUGAUGUUGUCAGUGAAGGGAAACCACGCCAAAUGUGCCGAGCUUUUGCUCGACCACAAAGCUUCUGCUGACCUUUGGGACAACGAUGGUGACUCUGCAUUACACAUGGCAUGCGGGCAGGGGCGUGGAGCUAUCGUGGAACUUCUUCUGGACCGCGGAGCAAGCGUAGUGCUAUUAAAUAAUAGAGAUCAUGCAUGUUUGGAAACGGCAGCUAAAGCGGGCUCCUGCGAGGUCGCCAUGGUAUUUGUGAAGCACAAAAGGUGGACAGAAUUGGAAAAUUACAAAACAUCAACAGGCCAAGAUGCCAUGUCACUCCUUGUUGAGAAUUUUCCAGAUGCAGCUGAAGUUUUGCUCAAUCAUUGCAUGCAUCACUCUCCGCGCCUCAACGUUUCCGAUCCAGACUUUGCGGUUACGUAUAACUUUAAGUAUCUGGAUCCUGGCCCAAACGUUCAAGAUUGCCGUAGAAGAUCCAGAUUCUCAGCUCUUGAAGCCAUGAUCAAGCACAAUCGGCAGAGGCUCCUUCUUCAUCCACUCACGCUGAAGUUCAACCAAAGGAAGUGGAGCACAUUGGGAAGAUAUGUGUUCAUCUCCGAUUUUUUCACGUACCUCUUAUUGAUGAUACUCAUCACUGCAUUUAUAGUUGUUCAGAGGGAGGGCCAAAAUUUCAGACCAGUGAAGAGACAAAUGCCAAGGCCAAGGCAACUUAAAAACGCGAUGGAAGAUGAUGAAGACGACUACAAGCCUAAACCCUCCGAUAUUUAUCCGACGAAAACGCCUUUUACGCAAGCUGCACCAGUUAUAAUUAUGAUAUUAUCCUUAUUCCAUAUCAUUAAAGAAUUUUUCCAGAUUUAUGUUCAACGCUGGAAUUACUUUAAGGACGCGUCCAAUUACCUUGACUGGAUUCUAUAUUUCUCUGCUGCAAUUUUUAUGGUUCCCUAUCUAACUACAGGAGAAAACCUCGACGACUGGUUUGCAAGCAUUUCUGAUCCACGCUUACUCUGGACAACUGGAAUUUUCGCAAUCUUCGUGUGUUACAUGAACAUGAUGCUCUUUCUCAGGAGGUAUCGUUUAUUUGGCACUUACAUCUCAAUGUACAUUGAAGUGACUAAGACGGUUUUCCAGGUGUUGCUGGUUUUUAUUUUCCUCCUCUUUGGAUUUGCCCUGGUGUUCCACAUCCUCUUCAAAGAGCAGACUGGAUUUCACACCGUGCAACACUCUUUACUGCGUGUAAUGGUUAUGAUGAUUGGGGAGCUGGACUUUGGCUCAAUCUUCAUUGAUUCAAUCGAUGAAUACAGGAACGAUAAAAAGGAGCGGCCGUUAAAUCCAUUUCCACAAGUUGGGUUCUUCUUCAUCUUCCUAUGUUUGAUUUUACUGGCCGUUGCACUCAUGAAUCUCUUGGUCGGUUUGGCUGUUGGGGAUACUGAGCAAAUGAAGAAGUUUGCAACAGUGAGAAGAUUGGCCAUGCAAAUUGAGUAUCAAAUUGCAAUAGAAGAAGCCUAUCCUUCUUUUAUCAUCCGCAGAGUCUACCAGAUGGUUUACGUCGAAAAACCAAACAAACACUCGAGACGCAAAAGAGUAAUAGACUGGUUAUAUGCAUGGAUUGAUGAAGCCACUCCAGAGCCAGUUGAUGAUGAAGACAGCAAGCCAAAUGAACUUGCCGUGCUACACGAAGAGAUGACGAAGAACAAGAAAAGGAUCAAGACGAUGAUGGAAAUGCUAGAAGCACAAAACAAUUUGCUUAGAAGUCUAGCACACAGAAUAGACCCCAGCUUUGAGCUACCGCAAGGGAAUGAGGAGGCCAGGGGAGGACGUCGCAUGGAUGGUGUGGAUGGUCCAGAUGGCAAACAUGGCCCAUCACGUGAAGGAGGAACAGAAAGCGAAGUACCGACGGAUGACACAAGCGCAGAAUUCACAAGGGAAGACAAGGCAUCAAAUUCUCUCUUCGAGGGUGGCUUUUCAAAAGUGUUUGAGAAUUCCUACGCCUGGAAGCUGGUGAUCCAAGAAAACCCGGCAACAUUGCUGCGGCUAAGAAACAUGUCGAUCAAAAAUAACCUCCGAAAUAAAUAUCUACUUUCACCGAUGGAAGACGAAACCAAUGGAAACACUAACGUCGGUGAAGACCGAAAGAAAGCUCCUUUCGUGAGCAAAGAGAGACUAAAUUUGGAAAUGAGCGAACUUGGAAAGCCAAUUAUCUCUCGAGCCACCGGUUUGUUCGAAGCUGUGCGCGAUGGUAUAGUAAACGUUGUCAGUGAACAGCUCAGCCGAAAGGAAAAUGCCAAAACUAUUGAUGAAUUAGAUCAGUCGGGACUUGCUAUGCUCCAUCAUGCAGCCCGUUAUGAUCGAGUUCACGUCGCUAAAUCGUUGCUGGAGCACCACGCACGUAUCGAUGUUCCAACCAGAGAAGAAAACCUUACACCGCUUCACAUCGCUGCAAGAUUCAAUUGCACGGCAACCGUUCAGUUGUUGAUUGAAAGAGGUGCCAACCCCGCUUUGGCAUCAAAAAAUGGUAACACGGCGUUACACUUCGCAGCACGCCGGGGGAAUGAUCAGGUGGCAAAGCUUUUGUUACGUCAUGCCAAAGUUGACGUCAAUUCGAAGGACUCCUCUCAUAUGACUCCACUACACUUGGCCUGUGUUAGUGGAAACAUGGCCAUUUCAAAGAUGCUUCUUGAAGAGGGGGCAGAUAUACGGGCUAAAUCGACGGAGCUAAUGACCCCUCUUCAUACUGCAGUGUACAACGGCAACUCCGCAAUAGCUUCUCUUAUUUUGCAAACUGCCACUGAGAGGAGACAAAAUAUCACUGAGCUUGUGGAAGACCGAGAUAUAAAUAAUAACACAGUCUUACAUCUAGCAGCUGGAGCAAAUGAUCUCAAAACAGCGAUGGUGUGUCUGCAAAACGGGGCAGACAUAAACGCGCUCAAAUCGAAUAAUGAGACAUCUUUGUACGUGGCAACAGUGAAAGGAAACUUGCAGAUGGUAAAAUUAUUGUUACAGAAAGGAGCUGAUGUAAAUAUUAAAAAUGCUGACUCCAAAACUGUUCUUCACAGAGCGGCUGUGUUCAACCGUGAUGACAUCAUUUCCUUUCUUCUCGAUAACGGAGUAGGUUUUGACACACGUGAUGCACAAAGCAAUACGCCUUUCCUAGAUGCAGUAGCGGCUGGUCAGACAAGGUGUGCUCGAGUGCUUCUUCAAAGGGGAGCUGACGUCAAAGCAUCUGACAUCUUCAUGAAGAACUGUAUUCACCUGGCAGUGGAGAACGAAAAUUUGGAAACACUUCAAAUGCUCCUGGAGGAAAAUUCUGUCUUAUCCAACCUUUACAGGCCAGAUGUCAACGAGAGAGUUCCGUUGCAUUAUGCAGCUACGGUGAAAGACAUCAGGAUAAUGGGUGCACUUUUGGACAAACAAACACGGUUCACUUUCCACGAUGAAACGCAGCAAACUCCCCUCCACCUUGCUGCUCAGUAUGGAAUGUAUGAACAGGUGGAAGCACUGGCUCGUCGAAUAGCCUCUGGACUGAAUGACCGGGACGAAAAAGGAAGAACCCCACUUCAUUAUGCAGUCAUGAGUGGUCACAGGAAAGUUUGUCACACUUUUUUGAAACUUGGAGCGGACGUUAGCACCAAAGACAACGACUCCUGGACACCAUUGAUGUGGGCGUCAAGCCUGGGCUGGGCAAAAUCAUGUCAAGAGUUGCUCGAUAUGCAAGCAUCUCCGGAUGACGUCAACAGUGAGGGUGACACUGCAUUGCAUAUUGCUUGUAAACAAGGUCACAUCGGCAUUGUAAACUUGCUGAUGGAAAAUGGGGCAAGUUUAACUGUUUGCAACACCCAGGGGCUCACGUGUUUAGAAGUUGCAGUUCGAACAGGGAACAGCGAUGUAGCCAUGGCUAUGGUAAAAAACUCAAGAUGGUCAGAAAUAAUGGAGCAUAAGGACAUGCAGGGCCAUACACCAAUGAGGCUGCUGAUAGAGCACUUCCCAGACAGUGCAGAGCUGCUGAUGGACAGAUGUAUCGUGCGAUCGGAAAUGACAAACACAAACGAUCCGCAGUUCUCUAUUACCUAUGACUUUCGCCUCCUUGACCCAGGUCCGGAUGAUCCGGCUUUUGUGCACGGGAGACGUUUUUUCGGACCCAUCACCAUGGUGAAACAUGAACAAAAGAAACUGCUUCUUCACCCACUAACACAGGCGCUCUUGAAUCAAAAGUGGUCAAAAUUUGGUCGAUUCAUAUACUACUUAAACUUUUUUUCAUACUUGAUCUUUGUUGGUCUCUACUCGGCUUUCAUCAUCAACGUAAGGGAACUGCAGACGUUUUCAAACGUCGAAGUUUGCGAUGAAGAUGAGGAAUCUAGUGGAGAUCUUUUGUAUUGUGAACCGGCGUCGGAUAUUUAUGACACAGUGACGGAUUUCAGCAAAGGAUUCUCGUAUGUAAUAUUUGGUAUCGCAAUUGUCCAUCUUGUAAAAGAGAUUUUACAGAUUCUGAUACAGAGAUUUAGGUACUUCACGGAUUUAAGCAAUCUACUGGAAUGGGCGCUGUACGGGACCACCUUCGCUUUCCUGUUGCCAUAUGUCUUGCCCGAUAUAGUCAUCGAUGAUUGGUUCAGCAAAAUGACAGAUCCUUUCCUUAUUUGGCAAGUUGGCGUCACCUCAAUAUUCCUCUGUUACGCAAACUUGGUUUUGUUUCUCCGUCGGUUUCGUAUGUUUGGAAUUUACGUCACCAUGUUUGUGGAGGUCACAAAGACAGUUUUUAAAGUCCUACUGGUCUUCCUCAUCUUUAUCUUUGGUUUUACAAUUGUUUUCUACGUCCUCUUCAAAGAGCUGGAUUCCUUUAAAAAUCCAGGUAUCGCCUUCAUAAAGGUGAUAGUGAUGAUGAUUGGAGAGCUUGAAUUCGAUGACACCUUCGUUGAGACUAUCGGGAAAAAUACCACGACUGGGGCACGAAAGAAUCCCUUUCCUGAAACUUCCUUUAUAUUCCUUACUUUAUUUGUACUUCUGAUGGGCAUCGUUUUGAUGAACCUGUUGGUUGGUCUUGCUGUGGGAGAUAUUGAUACCAUUCAACAGAGUGCCACUCUAAAAAGGUUGGCCAUGCAAGUUGAGUUUGUAGCAGAGAUUGAGCAAAGCUAUCCACGGUUCUUCACAAGGCAACUGUACCAUCCAACUGUAACUUUGAGACCUAAUCGAUCCAGUCGCUUGAGAAGGUAUGAGCAAUUACACGAACAAUCUCGUACGCUCCGACAAAUAGGAAAAAGGUUGAUGGCUCUCCUUGGGUUAACAAGGUAUGCAAAACCCAGCCGUGGCCCUCCUGAUAACGAAGAAGAAUCUAAGGCCUCCGAGUAUACUGAAGUACGGAAGCAGCUCGACAAAACUAAAAAACGCGUCAAGGCGUUGGUGAAUGUGAUUGAGGUUCAGAACGCAUUAUUGCGACGAUUGGCCAUAAAGAUUGAUCCCGAUGCUGAGAUGGAAAUAGAUGAGAUUAGACCCACUCUGGGUGACGAGCGGGUAGCGUUAGGCUGCACGAUGAAUUCCACGACGACGUUCGAGUACACCGACUCGCCUUUCUUGGGUCGACAUAACACAGUAGUCAGCAAAGCGGACUUACUUGAAGGCGACUUCGAACUCACGCAGUUCAAGUUAGCGGCCCCAUCAGAUCGAACGCAAGAAAUCCGCGAAAUCAUCCAAGACGGGAAAGUAGCCGAAUUGAAAGAUUAUCUGUCGGAGAAUAAGAACGUUAAGCUGAUAAACGAUUUGGAUGAUCAUGGUUUCUCUCUGCUACAUGUAUCAGUGCGAUGGAAUCGAGUCGAGAUGACACGAAUAUUGAUCGAUCAUGGAGCUGAAGUCGACAUUCGUUUAAAAAACUCAUCAACACCCUUACAUGUUGCGGCGAGAAUGGCCAUUUGUAGGUUUAACUGCCCUGAAGUUGCUGAAGUUCUCCUCAGUUCUGGCGCCCGCCCAUCACUAGUUGACUCUUUGAACAACAACGCCCUGCAUCACGCAGUGCGAAGACGCAAUAAAGAAAUGGUGUACAUGCUGGUGCGAGACACAGAUAUCGACGUAAACGCCAAGACACAGGUUGGGCUGACUGCCUUGCAUCUAGUCUGCAUCAACGGUGAUCAAGAAAUUUGCCAAACCUUGCUGCGUCACGGGGCGGACAUUACAGCGAAGACCGCUGAACUUAGCACCCCAUUGCAGGUUGCUAUAUUCAGUUGUAACACAAGUCUUGCGGAGAUGCUGAUUAAACAAGCUUCAUCGCAACUCCUUGAUGUUAAAGAAUUUCUCAAUGAGCCUGAUGUGGACCAGGAUUGCGCUUUGCAUUUGGCAGCGGAAAGUAGAAACGUGAAGUCGGUGGAACUGUGUUUAAAAUACGGCGCUAACGUCAACGCUCAGAGAAGUAGCUUGAUGACACCCCUUCAUAUUGCAUCAAUGAGAGGUGACCUAGAAAUAGUGAAAAUUCUGUGUGGAAAAGGAGCUGAUAUACACAUAAAAGACAACGAGAAGAAAACUUCAUUACAUAGGGCAGCCUAUGAGAAUCGUACCGAGGUUAUCAAGUUCCUCAUCAGUUUGGGCGCCCCACUUGACAGUAAAGCCAAUGACAAUCGCACGCCUUUCCUAGAGGCAGUGGUUGCUGGCAGUGUGGAAAGCGCUCGGCUCCUCCUUGAUUCUGGUGCAGACGCGUUCGCUAGCACGUCAGAAAUGAAGAACUGCCUACAUCUGGCGGUCGACAAUGGCCAUCUGGAAAUGGUACAACUUCUUCUGGAGAAUAAGAAAGCUAAAGAAAAUCUAUACAAAUCAGACACAUUUGAACGAGUUCCUCUUCACAAUGCAGCUAUUUAUCCUGAUAUUAAGAUUCUGGAACUCCUAUUAACUAAGUAUUCCCGAGCGUGUUUUCAAGACCAGCUUCAGCAGACACCACUUCAUCUUUCUGCUCAAAGCGGCCGAUUCGCACAUAUCGAGGCCUUGGGUAGAGCCAUGGCCGGCAUCAAUGAAAGAGAUGAUGAUGGAAUGACACCCAUUCACUUAGCGGCAAUGAAAGGAAACAGGAAGGCCUGUCAGGUACUUGUUCGCCUCGGUGCUGAUGUCAACGCGAGGGACAACGAUCGCUGGUCACCUUUGAUGUGGGCGGCGAGAUCAGGAUGUGAAAAAACCUCCCAGGAGCUCAUAAAAAAGAAAGCUGUUCUUGAUCACUUCAACAAUUCGGGAAACACUCCUUUGCACAUUGCAUCAUCGCAUGGCAAUGUCAGAGUGAUGGAACUGCUGUUAAGUUCUGGUGCCAAGGUGUGCGUGCAAAAUAAUCUGGGGCAGACAUGUCUAGAUGUGGCAGUGCGUUCUGGUGCAGGUGAUGUGGCUCUAAUGAUGGCUCAGCACCGAAGAUGGCGAGAAAUUCUGGAUUGUCGCAGCCCAAACCACAACUCACCCAUGAAAAUAUUGAUAGAACAUUUCCCUGAGGCUGCCAGUCUUGUCAUGGAUCAUUGUAUCAAACGCUCGUCUCACAUUCGAACAGAUCCGAACUACACAGAGUCUUACGAUUUCCAUCUUCUCGACCCGGGUCCUGAUGACGAGGCAGACCUAAAUGGAAACCGUUUCUUCGGUCCCAAGACGAUGGUAAAAUUUAACCGUGAAGAUCUUCUUCUGCAUCCCCUAACGCAGAAACUAUUAGAUGUAAAAUGGGCUUCAUUCGGAAGAUAUAUAUACUACUUCAAUCUCAUAGCCUAUUUGGUAUUCCUGAUAACGUAUACCAUAUUCAUUGUCACGGAAAGAGAAGCUCAAGAUUUCAAUCCACGUAAAAGCGAGAAUGGAACUGAGAAAGUAAAAGCGUCAGAGAUUUUUACCAGGGCAACUGCUUUUAAUGGGGCGGUGUUGUUCGUCGCUUUGAUAUUUGCAGCUGUCCACAUUGCCAAAGAAAUUUUUCAGCUCUUCGUCCAAAGGCGUCGUUACUUCACCGACGCUUCAAACAUGACAGAAUGGGCUCUGUACUUGUCAACACUCCUUUUCAUAUUGCCUUACUUAUUGAGACCCGAAGAAUUAGACGAAUCUCUCGGCAGCUUCAAAAAUCCACGGAAUUUAUGGAUUGCUGGAAUUAUCUCCAUCUUCCUGUGCUACGUUAAUGUGAUUUUAUUCCUGAGACGAUUUCAGCCUUUUGGAAUUUACGUUUCUAUGUUUUUAGAGGUCUUCAAGACAGUGGCAAGAGUGUUUGUGGUCUUCUUCAUAUUCAUCAUUGCAUUCGCCAUAGUCUUCUUUAUCCUCUUUAAAGAGCAGGAAUCGUUUAGUACACUUGGGUUGUCCAUCGUCAAAGUGUCCGUUAUGAUGGUGGGGGAGUUUGAGUACGAUACUGCGUUCAUAAGUAGCAUCGACGAAAGUAAUGACGAAACAAGAAAUCCUCUGAAUCCAUUUCCAGAGAUAGCACUCAUCUUCAUGUUCGCCUUUCUCUUCCUAAUGGCGAUUAUACUUAUGAACCUCCUGGUUGGUUUAGCGGUGGGUGAUAUCGAAUCUGUGCAAAGGACCGCCACCCUUCAGCGCAUGGCAAUGCAGGUUUCCUUUGUGGCCGAAGUCGAAAACAAGUACCCAAGAUUUAUUACGCGUAGAAUUUACAAGCCAUCAUUGGAGAUAAAACCAAACGUAUAUAGAGGCAAAUUUAAGAGUUUUCACGCCUGGUUGAAAGGCCAAGGGAGACUUUUCGACGAAUCAUCAUCCUUAACGUCUUCAGCAGCGAUGACAGAAACGACCAUAUCCGACAUUCAACAGCAAGUAAGCAAGACAAAGAAACGUGUGAAGACCUUGAUACGAACAGUGGAACUUCAAAAUCGACUGUUAGCGACCAUCGCCAGACAAAUGAAUCUAAAUGUCGAAAUGGACGACUUGAAUGUUGGGCACUGGGUAAAGCCGCAAUCGACAUAUGACGAGAAAAGUGAGGAGGAAAAAGACGACACUGUAUAUCAUUUGGCAAGACUGUAGCCUGUCAAGCGCUUUGCUAGUGAUGAAUAAAUCAGUGCUUCAAAAUAA